AUGUAUAUUGUAUUGGUAGUAUUUGUUACUCUGCUAGCAGCUACACAACUUGCAUCUGCCGAAGAUGAACAUCAAAAGAAGAGUACCUAUGUAGCUUUGGAUUCAAAUUGGAAUAGUACUCCUCUUUACUUGGAAGCAAGAGAAAAAGUAGAUGAAUCAUUGUAUUGGAAAUUCAUUCAAUCAUUUAAUGAUGCAUGUGUAAAGGCAAACAAAGACUCUACACAAAUGACCGAUAAAGAGGUGUACGAUAUCAUCAUUGAUACAUCAAAGGAGAUCCUUGGAGAUGAUUCUGCCUAUCUAUUAGAGUUUUUGAUUGCCGACUUGUCAAUUAGAACCUAUUCUCCACGUGUUCAAACCUAUCGUCAACUCUAUGAAACCAACAGUAAAUACAAUAACAAACAAAAUGAAUUCAUCCAAUUGAAUGAUAUUACUCUUAAUAUCAAAGACAAGGAAUCAAUUACAACUAUUGAAUAUGACAAAUCAAAAGAAAAUGAAGUAUAUUCAUAUGAUACCAUUUAUCCAUCGACUCUUACUCAUUCAUUUGAUCAUAUUACAAUGAUGCAAGAAGAGGAAAAAGACAAACGAGUUGUCAUUUACUAUGCCGAUAUUACAUCCAAGGAUUUCUCGGCCGUUCAUAAAUACCUUAUCAAAUUGUAUCAAGAGAAAAAGAUCAUCUAUGUCGUUCGUUUCUACGUACCAGCAUCCACUGAUCAUGUCAGACUUCAAGGAUACGGUUAUAGCCUUUCUAUUAAAAGUCUUGAAUAUAAAGUUAUGAAUGAUGCUGUUAUUCAAAAUGAAGGAGGAGAUUCAAAUACAGCAGCAUCAAUUCCAAAUGAAGAUGUUGGUGGAUUCAAUUUCCAUGUUCUUCAAAAGCGUCAUCCAGACUUGACCAAGAAAUUGACUACAUUUAGAAGUUACCUUUUGGCUCAUCAACAACAAGCCGAACUAAAGAUGUGGGAGAUUCAAAACCUUGGUUUACAAACCGCUCAAAAGAUUGUUACCUCGUCUAAUCCAAUGCAAUCUCUUGUCUACAUUUCCCAAGCUUUCCCAUCCUAUGCCUCUUCACUCUCUCGUAUUUCAGUAAACUCGACAUUGAAGCAAUCAAUUGCCAACUAUCAAAAGAUCUUUACCGAAGGUGAAAAUCAACUUUAUCUAAAUGAUCGUGUCAUUGAUAUCACCGAAGAAUUUGAUUUAAAUCCACUUGGAUUAUCUGAAACAAUAUUAAAUGAAUUAAAAUCCAUGAUGAAUGUUAAAAAGAUUGGUAUUGAAUCAAAUUUAAUUUCAAAGAUUGCAUCAACCUUUAUGGCUCCAAAUCUUGUUAGAUUCAACAUGUUGCCAGAAAACAAAGAUGUUUUAAUUACUUUAAAUAAUCUUGAAACUGAUCCAGCUUUUUCAAAAUGGGAAAAAUCAUUAUCCGAUUUAAAAAAUGAAGCAAUUAGUUAUUCAUCAAUUUUCAAGAAAAAGAAUUUAUUUACUUUGGUAUUUGUAGUUGAUUUGGAUAAUGCUGAUGCAUUCCAAACCAUUGCCUAUGCACAAAACCUUGCCAACAAUAAUAUUCCAUGUCAGAUUGCUAUUGUGUUCAAGACAAGCAAUAGCGAUCGUCUACGUGAUAAUUUGACCAGUGAAAAGAUUGCCAAGAUUUUCCUGACAUUCCGUAGCAAGAUGGGUAUAAAGGCAGCAACAUUCUUUGUCAAUGCCCUCAACUAUUACAAGCGUUCCUAUGGUAUGGACCAAGUCACCAUGCAGUUGGUCAGCUCGGCAUUCAACACUGUCGUCAGUCAAAUGGGCAACAACGUCGGUCGUCUCCAGACCAUCGUCGAAGCAACCACCUACAAUGACCUUCUCAAAGAAGCCAACGACUUUAUCCAACAAAAGGCCAUCUCGGUGUUCCCACAGAUCUUUAUGAACGGUUUGUUGUUGGACGCCAAGAAAUCAAUUGCCGAAAGCAUCAAUCACAUCUGCUUUGAGGAGCUCCGUCAAGUACGUAAGCUCUAUCUCGAGGGAAUCAUCACUGAUCUCGACCAAGACUACUACUCGAUCAUGAUGGACUAUCAUGCCACCCACGAAUCUCUCUUGGAGUCGUUGAACCCACUUGUCGUACCAAGUGACAUUAACCCAGUCGAGUUCCGUUCGCUGUCGCCACCAAACAGCAACAAAAAGAUUGAAAAGCUUGGUCAAGACCUCUUGGCUGAACAAUUACACUGGAUCAGUGCCACCGGAGCUGAAGACGAAGUCAAGCUCAUCUCGCACAUGAUUGUUGGUGACUUUGACCACGAUACAACCGUCCAACUCGCCAAAAAUGCCAUGGACCGUCUCCAAAAGGGAUCACCCAAGGAUGUUCGUGUCGCCUUUGUCAAUGCCAACACCAAGAGCAAGCUCGGUCGACAAUUAACAUUUGCCAAUACCGUAGAAGAGGCAACUAGUAUAUUGUCAGGAGUAACCGGUGACUCAAAGUCAUUGGAUGAAACAAAGAUUGAAAAUAUUUCAGUCUUUUCCAAAUCAGUGUUGGGUCUUGCCUGCCAAUUCAACAGCUACAUCCUCACCAACGGAAGAUUAAUUACAGUUUCUCACAAUGAAGAAGAUAUCUUUAAUGACUUUUUCAUGUUGGAAAAGUUUGAGAUUGGAAAGGCACGUAGUGUAAAAGACAUCUUGCCCGAAAAUCCAAAGGUUCGUGGUGUUGAACUCACCAAACCACGCGACAAGAGUAACUUGAUUAUGACUUUGGUAUCAGUGUUUGGAAUGCAAUCGUCCAACACUGAUGUUGUCAGAAAGCAAGUACCCACAACUGUCACCCCUUCAUUUAGAUACGAACCAAAGGCCAAUGCCAACAUUACCCCAUUACUCCGUUUCACCAUGGUCGUUGAUCCACUCUGCAAGACUGCCCAAAAGAUGGUAUCGAUUGUCAACUCUGUCGCAAGCCACUAUGGUAUUGCCGUCGAUGUCUUCCUCAACCCACUCCAACAACUCGGUGAGUUACCACUCAAGUCAUUCUACACGUACGUGUCUCAGUUACACCUCAACUUUGAUGAUGCCGGCAAGCUGUCCAAGCACUAUGCCUCUGGUGUCAGCUCUAACCUGCCCGACAACCGUGUGUUGGCACUUGCAAUGGACACCCCCUCCACCUGGAUCGUCAAACCACUCGUUGCCAAGCACGAUCUCGAUAAUAUCCGUCUCAAAGACCUCGGUGUCAAGGAACCUACCCUCAACGCACUCUUCCAACUCGAGUAUCUGUUGCUGCAAGGAUUUGCCUAUGAGAGCAGAAUCGGCGUGUCUCCACCAGCCGGUCUCGAGCUUGUCAUUGACUCUCUCGGUACACUACAACACCAAGACACCUUGGUCAUGGGUAACGGCUACUUCCAGCUAAAGGCCAACCCAGGUUAUUGGAAGCUCGCACUACUCGGUAGAGGUAAAAACAUCAUGAACCUACUCAACAGUGACUCCAAGGCCUCUGACACUGACCAGGUACACCCAGUCUCUUACUUGACCGUAGCCACUGACAGCUACCGUGGAAACUCAAUCUAUCUCAAAUUGUCGAGAAAGGCUGGUCAAGAACACACACCCAUCCUCCCACCCGUCACUGACCAACCUAAAAACACCGCUCCACAAAAGGUAGCUGAAGAAGAGGCUGAAGACGACAAGGGAUUCCUCUCUAGCAUUGGAUCAUUGUUUGGCGGCAACAACAACAACAAGCCAUCAGCACGUGUUGAAAACAAAAAACUACCAGCAUCCAACGAAACUAUCCACAUCUUUUCAGUGGCUAGUGGACAUUUGUACGAACGUUUCCUCAAGAUUAUGAUGUUGUCGGUCAAGCAAAACACCAACUCGCCUGUCAAGUUUUGGUUCCUCAAAAACUACUUGUCUCCCGAGUUUGUCGAAUUUGUUCCAUACAUGGCCAAGCAAUAUGGAUUCGAAGUUGAACUGGUAACCUAUCAAUGGCCAACAUGGUUACGUGCACAAACUGAAAGACAGCGUAUCAUCUGGGCCUACAAGAUCCUCUUCCUCGACGUGCUCUUCCCGCUAUCUGUCAACAAGAUUAUCUUUGUCGACGCUGAUCAGGUUGUCCGUGCCGAUCUCCGUGAACUCUGGGACAUGGAUUUGAACGGAGCUGCCUAUGGCUACACUCCAUUCUGUAACAGCAAUCCUGACACUGAAGGAUUCAGAUUCUGGAAGACUGGCUACUGGCGUGAUCAUCUUCGUACCAAGCCAUAUCACAUCUCUGCUCUCUAUGUUGUCGAUCUCAAUCGAUUCCGUCGUAUCUAUGCCGGUGAUCAAUUGCGUAUGACCUAUGACCAAUUGAGUCGUGAUCCAAACAGUCUUGCCAAUCUCGAUCAAGAUCUUCCAAACUAUCUCCAACACAACCUACGUAUUCACAGUCUACCACAAGAAUGGUUGUGGUGUGAGACUUGGUGCUCUCAAUCCUCAAAGGGCAAGGCCAAGACCAUCGAUCUCUGUAACAAUCCACUCACAAAGACACCAAAACUUGAAAAUGCCGUAAGAAUCAUUGAUGAAUGGACAGACCUUGACAAUGAAGCAAAGGAAUGUGAAAAGAAAUGGAAACUUGAAAAAGAAUCAAAGAAACAACAAGUAUUACCAAAUCCAACAACAUCUGAAACUCAAACUACCACUGAUAAACCAACAACUACUACUAUUGACCCUGAACAAGCAAUUGAGGCAAUUGAUAGCGCAUCAAUCUAUAUGGAUCAAUAA